GCGCGCUGCUCAGAGCCUGAGGGAGCGCAGCGAGCGAGCGGGCGAGAGAGCAAGCGAGUAGCGGGGGCGCCUGGUCGUUGUCUGAGCUCGGGCCGGUCGUCUCCACCGCGCUCCAGGGCCCCCCGAGAGGAACAAGAGGCAGCCGAAGAGUGCAGGAGCGGAGCCCCAAGAGCCCGCGGCGGAGGCGCCAGUCCCACUCCACCUCCUCCUGUGCCAGCCGGGGAGUGCUCGCCCACCGCCCCGCCGGCCCAGAGCCUGUAGCCCGGGUCCCCGCUGUCCCAGGGAUGGUCUAGGAGCCUGCAAGGGGCUCGCAGCUCCUCUCCCGGACUCUCUGCCUCCUACCGACCGCUCCCCGGUUGCGCGCCCCGCCGGCCCAGGCCGGAGAAGUUAGUUGUGCGCGCCGCUUAGCGCGCGAGCCAGCAGCCCGGCGAGCGAAGCUGCGAGGUGCCGGGACCAUGGGCUGGGGUUGGAGGAGCCGCUGCUGCUGCCCCGGACGGCGGGACCUGCUGUGCGUGCUGGCGCUGCUCGCCGGCUGCCUGCUCCCAGUGUGCCGGACGCGCGUCUACACCAACCACUGGGCAGUGAAGAUCGCCGGCGGCUUCGCGGAGGCCGACCGCAUAGCCAGCAAGUACGGAUUCAUCAACGUAGGACAGAUCGGCGCACUGAAGGACUACUAUCACUUCUACCAUAGUAGGACCUUUAAAAGGUCUGUUCUCUCGAGCAGAGGAACCCACAGUUUCAUCUCCAUGGAACCAAAGGUGGAGUGGAUCCAACAGCAAGUGGUGAAAAAACGGACCAAGAGGGAUUACGACCUCAGCCGCGCUCAGUCCACCUACUUCAAUGAUCCCAAGUGGCCAAGCAUGUGGUACAUGCACUGCAGCGACAACACACAUCCCUGCCAGUCAGACAUGAAUAUUGAGGGAGCCUGGAAGCGAGGUUACACGGGGAAGAACAUCGUGGUGACUAUCCUGGAUGACGGCAUCGAGAGAACCCACCCUGAUCUGAUGCAAAACUAUGAUGCUCUGGCAAGUUGCGAUGUGAAUGGGAAUGACUUGGAUCCGAUGCCUCGUUACGAUGCAAGCAAUGAGAACAAGCAUGGGACCCGUUGUGCUGGAGAAGUGGCAGCCGCUGCAAACAACUCUCACUGCACCGUUGGAAUCGCUUUCAAUGCCAAGAUUGGAGGCGUACGGAUGCUGGAUGGCGAUGUCACAGACAUGGUGGAAGCGAAGUCUGUCAGCUACAACCCACAGCAUGUGCACAUCUACAGUGCCAGCUGGGGCCCGGAUGACGACGGCAAGACUGUGGAUGGGCCAGCUCCCCUCACCCGGCAAGCUUUUGAGAAUGGUGUGAGAAUGGGGCGAAGAGGCCUUGGCUCUGUGUUUGUCUGGGCAUCUGGCAAUGGUGGAAGGAGCAAAGACCACUGCUCUUGUGAUGGCUAUACCAACAGCAUCUACACCAUCUCCAUCAGCAGUACAGCUGAAAGUGGAAAGAAACCGUGGUACUUGGAAGAGUGUUCAUCUACACUGGCCACAACCUACAGCAGUGGAGAAUCCUAUGAUAAGAAAAUAAUCACUACUGAUCUAAGACAGCGGUGCACGGACAAUCAUACCGGGACGUCAGCCUCAGCCCCCAUGGCUGCUGGCAUCAUUGCCCUAGCCCUGGAAGCCAAUCCGUUUCUGACCUGGAGAGACGUACAGCAUGUUAUUGUCAGGACUUCCCGUGCGGGACAUUUGAACGCUAAUGACUGGAAAACCAAUGCUGCUGGUUUUAAGGUGAGCCAUCUCUAUGGAUUUGGACUGAUGGAUGCAGAAGCCAUGGUGAUGGAAGCCGAGAAGUGGACAACUGUUCCUCAGCAGCACGUGUGUGUGGAAAGCACGGACCGGCAAAUCAAGACCAUUCGCCCCAACAGUGCUGUGCGCUCCAUCUACAAAGCCUCGGGCUGCUCAGAUAAUCCCAACCAUCAUGUCAACUACCUGGAGCACGUGGUUGUGCGCAUUACCAUCACGCACCCUCGGAGGGGAGACCUGGCCAUCUACCUGACCUCACCCUCGGGAACCAGAUCACAGCUUUUGGCCAACAGGCUUUUUGAUCAUUCCAUGGAAGGGUUUAAGAACUGGGAGUUCAUGACCAUUCAUUGCUGGGGAGAACGGGCUGCUGGUGACUGGAUCCUUGAAGUUUAUGAUACUCCAUCUCAGCUGAGGAAUUUCAAGACUCCAGGUAAAUUGAAAGAAUGGUCCUUGGUCCUCUAUGGCACAUCUGUGCAGCCCUACUCCCCAACGAAUGAGUUUCCCAAAGUAGAGCGCUUCCGCUACAGCCGAGUGGAAGAUCCCACGGAUGACUAUGGUGCUGAAGAUUAUGCGGGUCCCUGUGAUGCUGAAUGCAGUGAGGUUGGCUGUGAUGGGCCAGGACCAGACCACUGCAAUGACUGUUUACACUACUACUACAAGCUGAAAAAUAACACCAGAAUCUGUGUCUCCAGCUGCCCUCCUGGCCACUACCAUGCUGACAAGAAGAGGUGCCGGAAGUGUGCGCCCAACUGUGAGUCCUGCUUCGGCAGCCACGGUGAUCAGUGCCUAUCCUGUAAAUAUGGCUACUUUCUGAAUGAAGACACCAGCAGCUGUGUUACUCAGUGCCCUGAUGGGUCAUACCAGGAUACCAAGAAGAACGUUUGUGAGAAAUGCAGCGAGAACUGUAAGACGUGCACUGGAUUCCACAACUGCACAGAGUGCAAGGGCGGCUUAAGUCUUCAGGGGUCCCGCUGUUCUGUCACCUGUGAGGAUGGACAGUUCUUCAACGGCCACGAUUGCCAGCCCUGUCACCGUUUCUGUGCUGCCUGUGCCGGGGCCGGAGCAGAUGGGUGCAUUAACUGCACUGAGGGUUACGUCAUGGAAGAGGGGAGAUGUGUACAGAGCUGCAGUGUGAGUUACUAUUUGGACCAUAAUUCAGAUAGCAGAUACAAAUCUUGCAAGAGAUGCGACAACAGCUGUUUGACAUGCAGUGGCCCGGGCUUCAAGAACUGUUCCAGCUGCCCCAGUGGAUAUCUUUUAGACUUGGGAAUGUGUCAGAUGGGAGCCAUCUGCAAGGAUGGAGAAUAUAUGGAUGAGCAAGGCCACUGCCAUGCCUGUGAAGCCUCAUGUGCCACCUGCUCGGGACCGACUCAAGACGAUUGUACCAGCUGCCCCAUAACGAGGGUUUUUGAUGAUGGCCGCUGCAUUUUGAAUUGCCCCUCAUGGAAGUUUGAACUUAAGAAGCAAUGCCAUCCGUGCCACCACAGUUGCCAAGAAUGCCGAGGAAGCGGGCCUUCCAACUGUACCUCCUGCGGAGCAGAUAAGCAUGGUCGGGAGCGCUUCCUCUACCAGGGAGAAUGUCGGGAGAGUUGCCCUGUGGGCCAUUAUCCUGCCAAGGGACAUGCCUGCCUGCCCUGCCCAGACAACUGUGAGCUUUGCUACAAUCCGCGUGUCUGCAGUCGAUGUAUGAGUGGUUACUUCAUCGAGCCCACCAACCACACCUGCCAGAGGCUGGAGUGUGGACAAGGUGAAUUCCAGGAUUCUGAGUAUGAAGAAUGCAUGCCUUGUGAGGAAGGAUGUCUGGGAUGCACUGUGGAUGAUCCAGGAGCCUGUACCUCGUGCACUGCAGGAUACUACAUGUUUGAGCGGCGUUGUUAUAAAGUCUGUCCUGAAAAGACCUUCAGUGCCGAAUGGGAGUGCAGAGCCUGUGGCCCCUACUGUGGCAAUUGCGACCAGCAUGAGUGCUAUUGGUGUGAGGAGGGCUUCUUUCUCUCAGGUGGCAGCUGUGUGCAGGACUGUGGCCCUGGCUUCUACAGAGACCAAGAGUUGGGAGAGUGUCAGCCCUGCCACCAAGCCUGUGAGACGUGUACCGGCUUGGGCUACAACCAAUGCAGCAGCUGUCGAGAAGGAUUGCAGCUGUGGCAUGGGGCGUGUGUCUGGCGCACAGGGCCCCAAGUGGGGGAAGGCAAGUUCCGGAAUGAAGCUGUUCCCACUGAAAACCCAUCUUUGGUGAAGAACCUGCUGCAGGAGCAACGAAGGUGGAAAGUUCAAGUCAAAAGAGAUGCCACGAAACAAUAUCAGCCUUGCCAUUCUUCCUGUAAGACCUGCGCUGGAUCUGAAACUCUCUGCACUUCAUGUCCAGCAGGUACAUACCUGUGGCUACAGACCUGUGUUCCCUCCUGUCCCCAAGGCACAUGGCCGUCGCUCAGUAGCGGCAGCUGCGAGAGCUGUGCUGAAGACUGUGCCUCCUGCACUGGGGCUGACCUUUGCCAGAAGUGCCUGAGUCAGCCGGACAACCUUCUGCUUCUCCAUGAGGGCCGCUGCUACCACAGUUGCCCGGAGGGCUUCUACGCACAAGAGGGCAUUUGUGAACACUGUCGUUCCCCGUGCAGAACUUGCGAGGGAAAUGCUACCAACUGUCACUCUUGUGAAGGAGACUUUGUCCUAGACCAUGGGGUAUGCUUGAAAACUUGCCCUGAAAAGCAUGUGGCCGUGGAAGGUGUCUGCAAACACUGUCCAGAAAAAUGCCAGGACUGCAUCCAUGAGGAAACUUGCAAAGAGUGCAUGCCGAACUUCUUCCUGCACGAUGACACAUGCCAUCCCUCCUGUCCCAAGAGCUUUUAUCCUGACUUGGGCCAGUGUGUCUCCUGCCAUAAAAACUGUCUGGAGUGCAAUGGCCCCAAGGAAGAUGACUGUGUGGGCUGCGCUGAUUCUUCCAAGGUUCUCUACAAUGGGCUGUGUCUGGACAUGUGCCCCGAGGGAACCUACAAAGACGAGGGGACUGACAAAUGCGAAGAUUGCCCCGAGUUCUGCCGGAUCUGCUCAUCAGAUUGGACCUGCCUGGCUUGUCAGGAAGGCCGGACGAUCGUGAAUGAGGUCUGCACAGCGCCCAAGGAGUGCGCAGCUGUCGAGUACUGGGAUGAGGGCACUCACAGGUGCCAGCCAUGUCACAGGAAGUGCUCCCGCUGCUCAGGGCCUGCCGAGGACCAGUGCUACACCUGCCCUGGAAAAACUCUUCUUCUCAACACGACCUGUGUUAAAAGCUGCCCAGAAGGCUACCACACUGACAAGGACAGCAGCCGGUGUGUGCCCUGCCACAACUCCUGCAGGACCUGUGAAGGACCCCACAGCAUGCAAUGCCACUCCUGCCGACCUGGCUGGUUCCAACUGGGCAAAGAGUGCUUGCUGCAAUGUAGGGAUGGAUAUUAUGGAGAAAGCACCAGUGGUCGGUGUGAGAAGUGUGACAAGAGCUGCAAGGCAUGCCGGGGCCCGCGGCCCACAGACUGCCAGGCUUGCGAUAUAUUUUUCUUUCUCCUGCGCUCCAAGGGACAGUGUCACCGCACCUGCCCAGAGCACUACUACGCAGACCAACAGGCGCAGACCUGUGAGAGGUGCCACCCAACGUGUGACAAAUGUAACGGAAAGAAGGCAUGGAAUUGCUUGUCCUGUGUGUGGAGCUACCACCUUCUGGGAGGGAUGUGUGUCUCGGACUGUCCUGUAGGGGAAUACAGAGAUGGAGAGGGAGAAAACUUUAGCUGUAAAGAAUGCCAUGAGAGCUGCAUAGAGUGCAAGGGACCCGGAGCCAAGAACUGCACUGUGUGCUCAACCGGCCUGCUGCUGAACAUGGACGACAGCCGCUGCCUCCGCUGCUGCAACGCUUCCCACCCCCUCGGCUCCCAGGACUGCUGUGACUGCCAGAGUAGCACAGAGGAGUGCAUCCUUCCAGCCAGCGAAGCUGCACCCAUGGAGCGCGCCAAGAUCGCGUUGCUGGUGGCCUCGGGUGUUAUGCUGCUGCCGCUGUCGGGGGCCGCUGUGCUCGUGUGGCGGAAGUCUCGAAGCCAACCUGUGGCAAAGGGGCGCUACGAAAAGUUGGUGGAACCCACCGUGUCGUACUCCUCCUACAGACGCAGCUAUAUUGAGGAGGACCAGGUGAUUGAGUACAGGGACAGGGACUAUGAUGAAGAUGAUGAGGAUGACAUCGUCUACAUGGGCCAAGAUGGCACUGUCUACCGGAAGUUCAAGUACGGGCUGCUGGACGAGGAAGAAGAUGAUGAGUUGGAGUAUGACGAUGAGAGCUAUUCCUACCAAUAA